UCUUCGCCUCUGCUUCGUAGACAUUGCUGAUCUCUCCCACCAUUCCUGAUAGAUAAUUUUGACGGGAUCGGACACCUCGGCGACGGACGGCUUCAACGCCACGCAACUUAAGGUCUCAGAUAAUUUGCAAGCCUAGCGCGCGCCUAGUCCCAUUUCCAAGUCAUCUUCCACCUCCGAUCUCUUCUAUCUAGAAACAUGAACGUUCCUACAUUGGUUCUUCCGGAGGACGAAGGCUUGGCCCAGACCUCUAUUACGUCCGCUGCAACAACGCCAAACCACCAGGACUCCGGAAAUGUUGUUGCUGGCGCUGGAAAUGCCACCGAAAAUGCCACCAGUUCCGUCGAUAAAGCGGUCGCUAUGUUAUUACCGACUCGGCGUGGCGCCGCCGAAGGAUAUUUCCAUGACACGAUUCCUUCCUUCGCUUCAAGCUCGACUUCGCCAAGCGUUGUGCCGGCAGCGACCGAGCCUCCUGCUUUCCCAGAACCAGCCUCGGUCGACGAUUUUCUCUUCGAACUUGAUGAGGGAAUCGAGCCCUCACUCGAGCCCCCUCUGCCCGAUGCCACAUCUUCUACAACGCUUCGUGACCGACUUAGCGUUCCAUUUUCCUGGUCAACACCCACUUUAUCCGAUGGUUCAUCCACAAUCGCCCCAUCUUUUACAUCUUCUGCAUCGUUCACAUCGUCUUUAAGGAAGAAAGUUGCAAGCAUUGCGUCGGCAGGCGCUUUCUUCGCCGAAUGCUUGGACUCGAAACCAUAUCGAAUCUUUUCUGUCCGAACGUUCUGCGAAAGCUUAUUCAACAGUCGUCGUGCUGCAAAUGCCAGGAUUGUGUCCGUUCAACGAUAUGGCGAUCUUCAAGGGGUGCCGCAUCGAUUCCUCAUCCUGCAUGUGACUCGAGCCGACGGAAGGGAAUUCUAUGUUCGGUUGGAUCGCAGACGGGACCACAAAGUCCCGUUGUGGUUGUUUGGAGUACGGGAUUUGGGAAUGUCACACGCGAUAGAUACGGCUGCUGUUUCUGGCAGACUCGACCACCUUCUUGAUUUCACCAACACCAAGUCCGGCGUAGAGGCUGUCAUGGUCUUCCCUACUCCUGCUCUUUUGAUCGUGGCUGCGCAAAUUCUGUAUGCUAUCGCAGCGGAAGCUCCUGAUUACAAGCUAACCAAAGAAAAUUGUUGGUUUUUCGCCUCCACCGCCCAGGAAAUGUUAGUGCGGAUGUUUGGGGCAAAGUAUGAGAGAGGGUCUCUUAACCAUCCCACAAUCGGUUCUGAGAGACGAGAACGGAUUAAAGUCCUGACGUAUUCGCACAUUACAAAAGACAUAAAUAACAAAUUGGAGACCAUUCUAAGCUUCGCUGAUUCAAUGGACGACUCAAAACUAAGGAAGGCUAUAAAGUCCGUCCUUGAUACUAUAAAACAUCACCUUCCCGCUUAUCAUACUUCCCCACCCGAUGCAUUCCAAAUCUCCACAUCCACUCAAGCACUCCUUGCUGUAUUGCAACGGACAUUACACGAACACCUACAUGGAAUCUAUGGAAUUAAAGGCGCACGGAUCUUCUCGCACGAUUUCACCGAUAAAUUAGUUCAGAUCAUCCCAUCAUUGGAACAACUUCAAGAAGACGCUCCAAUAUCGAGUAUCAUACACCUCUUAGAAUCAUCUUAUGAUUCGCUCAAAAGUGACCUCAAUUCAAUUUCCAAGGCCCGUCCGGGGAACGACGUGGUGCUUUGGGCGUUGGGGUUGCUUGGGCGAUGUGCAGUGCUGGAUCAGUUGCCAAUACUAUGGCGUUUCCAAGCAGAUGCAGAAAUUGCUGAUCUCCAACAUGAGUUUGAGAGGCUGAUGACGACGCAGCUGAAGUUUGUGUGUCAUCGUUGGAUUCCUCUCCUUUGUAAGUUGGACGAGCCCCACGAUGAUGAAAUAAUGAAGGCCCUUUCCGGCGCUGUCCCAGUGCUUCUCCACUGGAUUGCAGCAAUGGGGAUCAUGGGUGAAAUUGACCAAGCGUGCCAAAGCAUGAAAGAACUACAGCGAUGGCUAGUCGGCGUUCAAGCAGUCAAUAGUAUAAAUCAUGUAAUUCGCGACCUGCUCUGUCUAGUCGAGCGAUCCCGGAGUGCAUUAGCGGCCUCGUCCUUAUCUAUACUUGGAAGUAGCCAUCCAUUUAUUCCAUCAGGUAGCGCGUUGGAUGCAACAUUUCCAAAGAAGUGGGCUGUUGAAUGCCGUAUUGUUUCUUGUGGAAUGUAUAGCAACCAACCAUGGUCACCGCAAGCGGGGAUAAUCCACAGUCCAAGUGAACCCCGCUCUGUGGUAUUUUCUCCAGAUGGCUGUCAUCUAGUCUCAGCCUGUAGGGAUGGCAUUGUGCGCAUCUGGGAUGCGGCGACGAGAGCGCUUCUUCGGGAAAUGAAGGGACAUACUCGUGAGGCCAAUUCCGUUGCAUAUUCACCAGAUGGCAUUCAUCUGGCCUCAGCAUCGGAUGAUCGCACUGUGCAGUUCUGGGAUGCGGUAACGGGAGCAUGCCUUCGAGAACUGAAGGGACAUACUGGCGUGGUGAGAUAUGUGACAUUUUCCCCUGAUGGCCUUCGUCUGGCCUCGGCUUCGGACGAUCGCACUGUGCGGGUUUGGGAUACAGCAACAGGGGAGCCCCUCCAGGAAUUGGAGAACCAUGAUAUAUCUGUCUGGUCCGUUUCCUUUUCACCAGAUGGGCGUUAUCUAGCCUCAGAUGAUGGCAACGUGCGUAUCUGGGAUGCAUCAACAGGAGCACUUCUUCAAAUACUGAAGGAACGUGCCUCCACCGUCUAUUUUGUGAAGUUUUCGCCAGAUGGAUGUUAUCUGGCCUCAGCCUUAUCGGAUAAUACCAUACAUGUUUGGAAUGUGGCAACAGGAGUCCCGCUUCAAGAGCUGAAGGAACA